GAUCAGAGUCAAGGAUUCUCAGUGUUCAAUCCGUCCAGAGUCAUCAAAAAGACCUUUCCUCAAUAUUCAGUUUACUUGAACAAAAUAUAAUGACAUUUGUGAAGAAAGAGUUGAAGAGGUUUAAGACAAUACUGAGUUCAGAUCUACCAGAAGGCUUUGAGAGUCAGAGGGAAGAUGAGGAAGGUUUGGACCCUGAAGAUGAGAAAGAGACCAGUGCCAAAGAGGGGGCUCUGAAGAUCACACUGCAUGUCCUGAGGAACAUGAACCAGAAGGAACUUGCUGACACACUGGAGAAAAGCGAGCUUGCUGUGAUUUGCCAACAUGAUCUCAAAUCUAACCUGAAGAAGAAGUUUCAGUGUGUGUUUGAGGGUAUCGCUGAACAAGGGCACCCAACACUUCUCAAUAAGAUCUACACAGAGCUCUACAUCACAGAGGGUGGAAAGGGAGAGGACAAUAAUGAACAUGAGGUGAGACAGAUUGAGACAGCAAAUACGAAACAAGCAAGACCAGAGACAGUAAUCAAAUGUAAUGACAUCUUCAAACCCUUACCUGGACAAGACAAACCUAUGAGAACUGUGAUGACAAAGGGAGUCGCUGGAAUUGGAAAAACAGUCUCUGUGCAGAAGUUCAUUCUGGAUUGGACUGAAGGAAAAGCCAAUCAGGAUGUCCAAUUUGUAUUUCCCAUCCCUUUUAGGGAGCUGAAUUUGAUGAAAGGGGGAAGUUUGAUUCAACUCAUCAAUCAUUUCUCAAUUGAAACCAAAAAAGCAAGAAUCUCUAACUACAACCAAUACAAAGUUCUGUUCAUCUUUGAUGGUCUGGAUGAGUGCCGACUGCCCCUUGACUUCCAGAACAACCAGAGCUGUUGUGAUGUGACAGAGUCAACCUCAGUGGAUGUGCUGCUGACAAACCUCAUCAAGGGAAAUCUGCUUCCCUCUGCUCUCCUCUGGAUAACUACCAGACCUGCAGCAGCCAAUCAGAUCCCUUCAUGGUGUGUUGACCAGGUGACAGAGAUCAGAGGGCUUAAUGACCAACAGAAAGAGGAGUACUUCAGGAAGAGAUUCAGUGAUGAGGACCUGGCCAGUAGAAUCAUCUCACAAAUAAAGACAUCAAGGAGGCUCCAAAUCUUGUGUCACAUACCAGUCUUCUGUUGGAUCACUGCUACAAUACUUGAGUACAUGUUGACUACAGAUAAUGAAGUAGAGCUGCCCAAGACCCUAACAGACAUGUACUCACACUUCCUUGUGUUUCAGUCCAAACACAGGAAUGUAAAGUAUGAUGGGAAAAACGAGACCGAUACAGACCGGAGUAAAGAGAGCAUUCUGAAACUGGGAAAACUGGCUUUUCAACAGCUACAGAACGGUAAUCUAUUAUUCUAUGAAGAACACCUGAAAGAGUGUGGCAUUGAUAUCAAUGAAGCAUCAGUGUACUCAGGAGUCUGCACACAGAUCUUUAAAGAGGAAUGUGGGCUGAACCAGGACAAGACGUUCUGCUUUGUCCAUCUGAGCAUUCAGUUUCUAGCUGCAUUAUAUGUGUUUCUCUCAUUCAUCAACAACAAUGAGAAUCUAAUGGAUGAACAACAAUCAACCGACAGGAAUGUUUCAGUGCAGCUAAGAGACCAAGUCACAUUCUACAAGACUGCUGUGGAUAAAGCCUUCCAGAGUAAGACUGGACACCUGGACCUUUUCCUUCGCUUCCUUCUGGGUCUCUCACUGGAGUCAAAUCAGAAGCAUUUACGAGGUCUACUGACAAAGACCAUAAGCAGCUCACAGAGCCAUGAUGAAACAGUGAAGUACAUCAAGGAGAAGAUCAGGGAGAAUCCCUCUUCAGAGAGGUGUAUCAAUCUGUUCCACUGUCUGAAUGAACUGAAUGACCAUUCUCUAGUGGAGGAGAUCCAAAGAUACCUGAGUUCAGGACGUCUCUCCAGAGAAGAACUGACACCUGCACAGUGGUCAACUCUGGCCUUUGUUUUACUGACUUCAGAAGAUGAGAUUGAUGUGUUUGACCUGAAGAAAUACUCCACAUCAGAGAAAGGUCUUCUGGGGUUGCUGUCAGUGAUCAAAACCUGCCGAACUGCUUUGCUGUCUGUUUGUGGAAUCACUGAGGAAGGCUGUGCUUCUCUGGUCUCAGCUCUGAAGUCAAACCCCUCACUCCUGAAAGAACUGGAUCUGAGUAACAAUGACCUGAAGGAUACCGGAGUAGAGCAUCUCUCUGCUUGGCUGAAGGAUCCACAAUGUAGACUGGAGACUCUGAGGUUGUCAGGCUGUCUGGUCUCAGAGGAAAGCUGUGCUUCUCUGGUCUCAGCUCUGAAGUCAAACCCCUCACACCUGAAAGAACUGGAUCUGAGCUACAAUCACCCAGGAGACUCAGGAGUCAGACUGCUCUCUGCUGGACUGGAGGAUCCACACUGGAGACUGGAGAAACUCAAUAUGGAUCAUGGUGGAGAGUGGAAGCUGAAAUCAGGACUGAAGAAAUAUGUCUGUGAUCUCACACUGGACCCAAACACAGUAAACAGAAACCUCUCUCUGUCUGAGGAGAACAGAAAGGUGACAUGGAGAGAGGAGCAGCCAUAUCCUGAUCACCCAGAGAGAUUUGAUUACUGGCCACUGGUGUUGUGUAGAGAGGGUCUGUCUGGACGCUGUUACUGGGAGGUAGAGUGGAGUCGGAGAAAGGUUAGGAUAGGAGUGACAUAUAAAGGAAUCAACAGGAGAGGAGGGGGUGUUGACUGUCUACUUGGAAACAAUGACCAGUCCUGGAGUCUGGCCGGUUUUAGUAACAGUUACUAUGUCAGGCACAAUAAUAAGAAAACUCUCCUACCUGUCACCUCCUCAGGCUCCCACAGAGUAGGAGUGUAUCUGGACUGGCCAGCUGGCACUCUCUCCUUCUACAGGGUCUCCUCUGACACACUGACCCACCUGUACACAUUCAACACCACAUUCACUGAGCCCCUCUAUCCAGGGUUUAGGGUUUAUUCUGACUCCUCAGUGUCUCUGUGUCAGAAGGUCCCUUUGUCAAACACAACAUGAUGUUUCACUCUAAUCAUGGUCAUGUUCAAUAGGACACCGUAGUAAAACACUGAGAAUAAAUUAGUGAAACCCGAUAAGAACACCUCCUCACA